AUGCGGCUGUUGAAGCAGAAGAAUCUCACAUUACAAGCAGCACUAGAAGAAUGUAAGGCCAGUGAGACAACGAACAAGCAACUCAAGGACAUGCAGAGCAAUGGGGCAGAGACCGUGCAUUAUGCCAAGACAAGGCCAAGUCGAAGCCAAGGCCAAGCCAAGACGAAGUUUAAGCAGCCACACAGAAGGACGCAGAUGCCAGAAGCCAACUGUGGUUACUGUGGAAAAUACCAUGCUAAAGACAAGAGUAAAUGCCCAGCAUUUGGAAAGAAAUGCGCGAAGUGUGAUAAGCCCAAUCACUUCGCCAGGGUUUGCAAAGCAGGCAGCAAGAAGAUACACAUGAUACAAGGCAACGUGGCAGAAGAGGACGAAGAAGUGUACACUGUGGGUACAGUGUCAUGCAAUGACAGGAAAUGGUACGUCGACCUGAGGAUGAGCGAGGGAAAAACACUACGCUGUCAGAUCGACACCGGAGCCACUUGCAAUGUGAUCAGCGAAGCUGACUUCAAGAAGUAUGGACAGAGGACGAUGCCAAGCAGGGCAAGACUGAAGCUGUACGACGGUUCUAUCCUGAAGCCAGUAGGCCAAGGAGUCCUGAAGACGAUACAUCAAAGCAAGGUCAUUGACCUGGAGUUCCAGAUUGUCAAGACACGUCAGAGUCCUCUACUAUCAGCUGAAACAUGCACCAUGUUAGGACUGAUCACCCUCAACACGGUCAACCAAGUCAGCACCACAGAACAGAUAGUAGAGAAAUACGCCGAUGUCUUUGAAGGAUUGGGAUGCCUACCUGGAGAGUACCACAUAGAGAUUGACAAAGAUGUCAAGCCAGUCCAACAUCUACCCAGACGCGUCCCAGUUCCUCUGAAAGCAGAACUAAAAGCGAAGAUCGAAGAAUUAGAGAGGAAGAACGUGAUCGCCAGAGUCACAAAACCUACAGAUUGGAUCUCCAGUAUGGUGGUAGUCAAAAAGCCAGGGAAGAUGAGGAUCUGCUUAGAUCCCAAGGAUCUCAACAUGGCACUCCACCGACCGAAGUAUCAGAUACCAACACUAGAAGAAGUACUGCCAAGGCUCGCCAAGGCCAAAGUGUUCUCAGUACUCGAUGCCAAAGACGGAUUUUGGCAAGUAAAAUUAGAUGAAGAAAGCAGCUAUCUCACGACGUUUUGGACGCCAUUCGGGAGAUUCCGAUGGCUGAGAAUGCCCUUUGGGAUUUCAACGGCUCCAGAGGAAUACCAGAGAAGACAGCACGAAGUGCUAGAAGGUCUCCAAGGUGUAGAUGUCAUAGCAGACGACAUCCUAGUGUUUGGCUGUGGCGACACAGACGAAGAAGCCAACCGAGACCAUGACGUGAACCUGAGCCGACUGCUCGAGCGAGCACGAGAGAGCAAUCUCAAACUGAACAAGAGGAAGAUGAGACUAAAACUGAAGCAAGUACCCUACCAUGGGACAGCUCCUCACAGCAAGAGGCCUGCGACCAGACCCAGAGAAGGUUAA